GCGGUUAGCUUACAUCCGGGUCAGUCACAUUUCAUAAUGGCGGAGAGUAGCGACUGAGGUGACAGCCUCUCACGACAUUUCCACUAUUAUUUCUUUCACUAGCACUGCCAGAAAGACAGAAAACGUGCCUAUGUGAAGCAGAACGCGGAAGAUGCAGCAUGACAUACAAAAUGUAGAAGGGGAACCCGAACAGAUGGCGAAGAAUGAGGGGAAUUCUGGGUCCAAAGUCGAGCCCCUGAACGUUACCUUCACCAAGCUCGCCGAUCCCCAUGCUGUGCUAGCCGCUGCCAUGCAGGACGAUUUGAUGGCUGAUUUGUCCGGCAGCGAGGAAGGAGAAGUUUCUGAGGUGGAAUCCUUCAUCCUUGACCCAGAGGACUUGGAAGGCCACCCCAUGUUAGACACAGCGUCCAAACUCCUGCUGACCGCUGCCAGCGAGGGCGCUGACCUCCGUGCCGUUGACCCCGAAACCCAAGCGAGGCUGGAGGCACUACUGGAAGCUGCUGGAAUUGGCAAACUAUCAACAGCUGAUGGGAAGGCUUUCGCAGACCCCGAGGUCCUGCGGCGUCUGACGUCCUCCGUGAGCUGUGCCCUGGACGAGGCUGCCGCCGACCUGACACGGAUGAGAGCGGAAAACGGCGGGAGGAGCAACAACAGUCAGGAUGGAGAUGGGUCUCUUGCUGAGGCAUGUAAUGAGGGGGAUGUCGCAGCGGUGCGCCGACUGCUAGACGAGGGGCGCAGCGUUCACGAAACCAACGAGGAGGGGGAAAGCCUCCUGUCCCUCGCCUGCUCAGCUGGGUACUACGAGCUGGCCCAGGUGCUGCUGGCCAUGCAUGCGAAUGUGGAAGACCGCGGGCUAAAAGGUGACUGCACGCCGCUGAUGGAGGCCGCUAGCGGGGGCUACACAGAUAUCGUCAAGCUGCUGAUCGCUCACGGGGCGGAUGUCAACUCACGCUCGUCCACAGGGAACACAGCUCUGACGUAUGCCUGUGCCGGUGGGUACGAAGAUGUUGUCCGUAUUCUGCUGGAGGCGGGGGCGCGGAUCGAGGAUCACAACGAGAACGGGCACACCCCCCUGAUGGAGGCCUCCAGCGCCGGCCACGUGGGUGUGGCCAGGCUCCUGUUGGAGAGGGGGGCCGGCAUCAACACUCACUCCAAUGAGUUCAAAGAGAGCGCACUCACACUAGCCUGCUACAAAGGCCACCUGGACAUGGUACGUUUCCUGUUGGAAGCUGGUGCAGACCAGGAGCACAAGACUGAUGAGAUGCACACGGCACUCAUGGAAGCUUCUAUGGACGGCCAUGUUGAGGUUGCCAGGUUACUGCUGGACCACGGUGCCCAAGUCAACAUGCCCACAGACAGUUUCGAGUCACCCCUGACCCUGGCGGCCUGCGGAGGUCACGUGGAGCUGGCCAACCUGCUGAUCGAGCGGGGAGCCAACCUGGAGGAGGUGAACGAUGAGGGGUACACCCCGCUGAUGGAGGCUGCACGCGAGGGGCACGAGGAGAUGGUGGCACUGCUGCUCAGCCAAGGUGCCAACAUCAACGCCCAGACAGAGGAGACCCAGGAGACAGCCCUGACGCUGGCCUGCUGCGGGGGGUUCCUGGAGGUGUCAGACUUCCUCAUCAAGGCCGGAGCAGACAUGGAGCUGGGCUGCUCCACUCCUCUGAUGGAGGCUGCACAGGAGGGACACCUGGAACUGGUCAAGUACCUCAUCCAAGCAGGUGCCAGCAUCCAUGCCCAGACUGCGACCGGCGACACCGCCCUGACCUACGCGUGCGAGAACGGCCACACGGACGUGGCGGACAUCCUUCUCCAGGCUGGCGCCGAGCUCGAGCACGAGUCGGAGGGAGGGCGCACCCCCCUCAUGAAGGCUGCACGUGCCGGCCACCUGUGCACUGUGCAGUUCCUCAUUACCAGAGGUGCGGAUGUGAACAGAGCCACGUCUAACAAUGACCACACGGUGCUGUCCCUGGCCUGCGCUGGUGGGCACAUAUCUGUGGUGGAACUGCUGUUGGCACAUGGAGCUGAUCCAUCGCACAAGCUCAAGGAUGGCUCUACCAUGCUGAUUGAGUGUGCCAAGGGUGGCCAUGCCACUGUUGCCUCCCUCCUGAUGGACUAUCCCAACAACAUGCUGACCCCUCCACCCCCUCCUGAGGUGCCCCAGUUGGCAUCACCCACCUCGGAGAAUGGCAAGAUGUUCACUCAAGACUUCACACUCCUCCCCUUUGUGUCUGUUGUGUCUUCACCCAACUUCCAGGCUCCUCGUGUGCCAACCCAGGCCCUUCCUACUGUGGUCCCCCCGCAGGAACCAGACCAGAGACCUGGACAACUCACCUCUACAGACAUCACCGGUGGGGUUUCCCAGGCUGUGCCAGCAGGGGAUGGGUCAGUAAGCACCCAGCUGGCCUGCAGCACUGGAGUGGACUAUGACCAGCUGCAGAAGCUGACCGAGCUGGAGUUGAGAAUCAAGGAAGCCAUAGAGAAGAAUGCCCAGCUCCAAGCAGAAGAGCUGGACACACAGAUUGACCCCAAUGACCCUGCUGCUAAGGAGAGAAUGGCCGAGCUGAACCGGCAGAGAGAGGAGCAGCUGAAGAAAAAACAGAGAAUUCUAGAGGAGCUACAGAAAGUGGAGCGAGAGCUGCAGGAGAAGGCAGCCCAACAGCUACAGAACGAGAUCCUGGCCUUACAGAACCAGGCUAGUACUCAGUCUGGGACCCAGACACAGAUGCCCAGUGCAACCCAGCCUCAGGGAACAGAAGUGUGCAGUGCUGCUCCCAGCCAACAGGGGGCGCCUGCUGCCAGUACAUCCUUCCCCCUCCCCACCCAACCUCUCACUUUCCUGCCCACCUCCCUCACGCAGCAGCCCCUCCCCAUCCCUUCUUCUCAACAGCAGAUCUACGUCCCGACCGUCCCGGGACAGGCCACUGCAUUCGUCCCCAUCUCUCCGCAGUCUUUCUUCCUCCCCACGUCUCAGAACCAGGGCUCGUUCCCCGUAAACUCGCAGCCGCUACCCGCGGUGGCUUCCGGAGAGCCAGCGGCCAACAUGGCGAUCCAGCCGGCAGCCUCCAACUGCCUCCACCAGGACGCCCCCGAUGCUGUAGGCCAGGCUGGGAGAUCAGCAGGCCACCAGGCUGUGCUGCUGCCUGCUCCCGUGUCUUCCACCCAGCCCAACCAGCCCCUGCUGGCCACCAUGGUGCAGAAGGUGGAGGGGCAGGUCCACCCUGCGUCCCAGAUCAGCCCGUCCGUUCCCAGUCCCCGGAAGGAUCCCGACGGCGCCGCGUCGGUUCCCCAGGCCGCGGGGACCCCCGCCCCAGCAUACCUCCCCAGCAUGGUCCCUGGAGUGACCGACUUCACCCCCAUCUCCCCUCCCCUGACCCCGGCGACUCUACCCGUCCUCCCCACCCCCCUCUCCAUGGUCCCCCUCCAGGGCAUGGAGGGGCUCACCUUCUCCCAGACCAUGGCAGGGCUACCCGUGGUCUCCCAGAGCAUGAUGGGAGCCAUGCUGACCAGUCAGAACUUCCAGGGCGUUCCCAUGGUUACCCAGGCACUGCCUCUCCCCGGCAGUUCCCAUGUAGGGGAUGUUGUGGAGGGGAAUGUUUCAGUUGUUCCUGUACCGACUCCAGACAGGCCAUUGGCUCACAGUACUACAGAUCCCAGCCAGCUGCCUGCGAUCUACUCCUCUCCCCAGAUGCACACAGUAGGCACCCAGUGUGUCACCAGCAGCCCCGGCUCCCAGCCCUCCUCGGUCCCCCUCACCCCCAACUCUUCCCCCGUUCCCGCCCCCAGCCUCCCCAUCUACCCUGGCAUCGAGGUGGAUGCACAGACGGAGAGUAACCAUGACACGGCCUUGACCUUGGCGUGUGCGGGCGGACAUGAAGACUUAGUCAGGGAGCUGAUGGCACGGGCAGCCAACCUGGAGCACAGGGACAAGAAAGGGUUCACCCCCCUGAUCCUGGCUGCGACCGCGGGACACUCCAGCGUGGUGGAGGUACUGUUGGACCAUGGGGCGGACAUCGAGGCCCAGUCCGAGAGGACCAAGGACACGCCCCUCUCACUAGCAUGCUCUGGAGGAAGGCAGGAGGUUGUGGAACUUCUCCUGGCCAGGGGAGCCAAUAAGGAGCACCGUAACGUGUCAGACUACACCCCCCUGAGCCUGGCUGCAUCUGGUGGAUACGUCAACAUCAUCAAGCUACUGCUGCAACACGGGGCAGAGAUCAACUCCAGGACUGGGAGCAAACUGGGCAUCUCUCCACUGAUGCUGGCUGCCAUGAAUGGCCACACUCAGGCGGUCAAGCUGUUACUGGACAUGGGGAGUGACAUCAAUGCCCAGAUCGAGACUAACAGGAACACGGCCCUGACCUUGGCGUGUUUUCAAGGACGUCAUGAGGUGGUCAGCCUACUGGUGGACCGCAAAGCCAAUGUAGAACAUAGGGCAAAGACUGGUCUGACUCCGCUCAUGGAGGCAGCGUCCGGAGGGUACGCGGAGGUCGGACGUGUGUUGCUCGACAAAGGUGCUGACGUCAACGCCGCUCCGGUCCCGUCCUCCCGCGACACCGCCCUCACCAUCGCAGCCGACAAGGGCCACUACAAGUUCUGCGAACUUCUCAUUCAGAGAGGAGCCCAGAUCGACGUGCGAAACAAGAAGGGCAACACGCCCCUGUGGUUGGCGGCAAAUGGCGGUCACCUGGAUGUGGUCCAGUUGUUGGUGAGCGCUGGGGCCGACAAGGAUGCUGAAGACAACAGGAAGAUCACACCCCUCAUGGCCACCUUCAGAAAGGGCCAUGUAAAGGUGGUGCGAUGGCUGGUGAAGGAGGUGACUCAGUUCCCAUCAGACCAGGAGUGUAUGAGAUACAUAGCCACCAUCUCAGAUAAGGAACUGUUGAAGAAGUGCCACCAGAGUAUGGAGAUCAUAGUGAGUGCCAAGGACAGGCAGGCAGCAGAGGCCAACAAAAAUGCCUCCAUCCUUCUGGAAGAGUUAGACAUGGAAAAGACUCGCGAAGAGAAAAAGAAAGAGGCAGCAGCAAGACGGCGGGAGAAGAAGCGGCAGAAAAGGAAGGAAAAGCAGCAGGCUAAGGAGAAGGAACAACAAGACGAGUCACCAGAAAACAAGAAAGAGGAAGAGGAGGUGGAAGAAGAGCCUGUACCACUGGAUCCCCCAGCUGCCUCAACCACCACAACCAUAGGGAAAGUUCGAACCACGGACACUGUUUCCACAGUGGCAUCUCGCAACACCAAGAACGUCGCCAAAACGACCAUGGCAAAUGCGGCGCCCCCCAAAACUAAAGACAGGCCGAGCAAAAGAGAGAACAAGAAAAAGUCCAAGGGGAGAGAGGAGUCCAAUACUCAAGCAAACAACUCCAGUGAAGACCAGAAGAAGAACAGAAAGGACGCCAAACAGGAAAAGAAAAGCUCAGCGGGGGAACUGGACGAUUUUGACGAGGCAAUCAAACCAAAGAGGAGCAAGGGAAACCUGAUAACGAGAGACGCGGAGGACGUGGUAAAGGUCAUCAAGACAACUGCGCUUGCGUCGGAAUCUCACUCUGGCCUGAGUCCGGUGAUGCUCCCCCACGGGAUGAUGAAACAAUCCAUCGCCACGACGAGCACCGUCACCACCAUCUCGGUCAAACCCUCGGCAACGGUCGCCAUCAGUCCCAAACGGGGCAGCAAAAAGGAGGAGGGCUGGAAGGAAGUCAUACCAAAAAAGUCGAAGCGGAUGUUGGUCCCGGGAAGUGCAGUGAGCCGUGUGAUUGGACGAGGAGGGUGCAAUAUAAACGCCAUCAGGGAAGUCUCCGGAGCUCACAUUGAGCUGGACAAACAGAAAACUGCCAGUGGAGACCGAUGGAUCACCAUCAAAGGAAACAAUGAUGGGAUGAGACAAGCCCAAAACCUUUUGAAUGCCCUGAUAAAGGAACCGGAUCGAGAGUUGGCCGAGAUCAUCCCCAGGGUAAAACCAAAGGUAGCGUCGAAAACCUCCCCAUCCACCUCCCCUCCUUCCAACAAGCCAGCUGUGGGGAAACAGUCAGCGGCAAAGGUUCCGACCACGGCGACAGGAAGGGUUCCCAUGACGGCGGUCUCCGUGGUUACGGGGAAACCGCCCGUGAUGGCACAGUCCGGAACAGUCGUCGCAGGGCAGAAGCAGAUAACAACAGGUGGAAGUACCAAGACUCAGAGAAGUUUGUCGAACCCUGCCACCAGCAGUAUUCCCUUAUACUCCAACCCGGCUGUUUUAAACCAGAUCCAGUCCCAAUCGCUGAGACACCCGGGGAUCCAGGCGGCAAUGACGCAGCUUCCGCCGCCGUUCCCUCACCCUGCCCCAGGCUGGGGAACGUUUCCCGUACGCCCUGCCCCGCCGGCCGUCGUCGCUCAGGGUCAGAAGGGACCGUCGUCCGUACCGCAUCACAUGCAAGGAGCGAGCACCGUGGUGACAGCUGCCACGACGACGACCACCACAGCGUCCACCACGACCGCGCACGCCGUGUCGAGUUCUACCGCGUCGGGCGUCCCCCAGCCUCCGAACGUGGAGUCCGCCAGACGACAGCUCUUCUCCGAUGGCAACAUGCCGCCCCCCGCCAUGAGAGGAAGAUCGGAGCAGCUCUCUCGGGGUUCGGCCACGUACACAACGCAGGCCCCCACUGCCGGAACAAACACUACCUUUGCAGACAAGGUCGGCCCACCUGGCGCAAGACUGCAGACGUCACAAGCCCAGCCCAUUUUGCACGCAGCAAGACCCGCACACGUUACGCUUCCCUCCGAGGUCAAAAGUACUGUAACCAUGGUGACGUCAGGACUGCCCUCAUCCGGUGGCUCUGUCGGCUUGAUUGGUCCGCCUGGACGAAGAGAGAACCCUCCCAUGUCCAUGGCGCCGGGAGUCGCUAGCGCGUCUCACGUCGGCUCCCCACACCGGAUCCAGUCCCAGAUGUCCGCAUCGGUCCCUCAGUCUGCGCCCCAAGACUACUCCGCCCCGGCGUACUCUCCAUUCAGCGGGAACUCCCCGUUCGGACAGGUCGGGCAGCCCCGUACCAUGUUCACGGUGUCCUCCCGGCCCAAGUCCAUGGGCGACAUCCCCAACCUCCUGUUCCCCAACAGCUACACCUCGGACCAGUCUCAGCAGGCCGAGGGGAUGAACGGUUCGGUGGCGCCCGGAGGCUACAGGGGCGCGCAGCAGCAGCAGCAGAACAACAUGCCGCAGGGACACUACCCCAACAGCUCCCCUCCCAACUACACCACCUCCCCCAUGUCCGCUCCCCCCGCUGGGUCCGACAUCUUCACCCCCCUCCCCGCGCACAACUCCACCCGAUCCUCCACCCCUUCCACGGCCGCGUCGUCCGAGUCCCCCAUCCCCCCGCAGUCCCCUCGCUCCUCCCCCAUUGGCAGCAGUGCGUCCCCCUCCCCCACCCCCAUCGGUGCGGACAAGCCUGGCCAGGAGAGGAAGCCCAAACCCAUCGGCACGGAGAGGGCCCACAAAAAGGCCGGGUCUUCGGCCAUGCUGGGAGAGAUGUCUCACCCCUUAGGACCUAGUAACAUCUGGUCCUACCCAAUCACCGGAGCAACCCUUGAGCUCCUGAGAACCUUGCGAGAUGCGUCCUCCCCGUGGGUGGCACCCUCUCACCUGCUGAACACAGGUGGGCUACCUGACAACUACCCGCCACACCCCGACAACGUCCGGCCGCACAUGUCCCCGCCCACCAGCCUGCCUGCCCACCAGCCCCUCGGGCCGUACCCCAUGGGAGACAAACCACCAAUGGGCAUGUCCAACCCCUCGGCUGGCAGGAUGCCACCACUUUACGGCCAGCCCAUGCAGCAGUACCCCCACAUGGGCCACCCCCCUGUCCAUCCCCCCUCCACCCACUCCUCCUACCCCCCUACCGGUCCCCCACCCCUCCCCCCUGAGGCCAUGUGGAACCACGCGCAUGGGAAACUCCCCCCGCAUGCAGAGGAGCCCAGGAACCAGAACCAGGGAUGGGGUAUGUGGAACCAGCAGUGAAAGAAUAAAACCAGUCCCCUCUCCGCUGUCGCCCUCCCAAAUUUUCUAUGGAGCAAGAACUACCCGUUGAUAAUGGCAGCCAGCAGCCAGAUUAAGACCCUUACCUAUAGCAAUCUGCAACAUGUGCAGGACAAUAGCUAAGAUGUGUUACAGUAAAGUGUCCAGGACCCCCUGGCAAAGUGCAAAGGCAUGUUGUUUGGUACAAGACAGUUCCAGGAAUUAUAAGGUUAUUAUGCAUCCAUUAAAGAUCUCUCCUUUGUCAGGACAGUUA